AUAAAGAGGACAGGUAGAGCUCACUGGAUCACAGUCCACGUUUGAAUUUCAAGACGUCCACUACUGCUCCUUUCUCUUUCAUUUAUACUCUCCGAUUGUGUUGUCAGAACACAGUCGAAGACGAAAUUCUCAAAGACGACCUUUACUAGCAAUUUCCAGCACAGUGUUCCGUAAGUAGGUUUUAAGACAAUCAGAGUAAUUGCGUAUUGCGUGAUACAUGCAAGGCAGACGAAUACGUGCAGUGUCAUCAUAAUUUACGCAAGGAUAUCGUCAUCCUAGGGGUCUACUUUGCGUUGGACAGCAACGCAACCCAACCACAUUUUGUCAGAGUGAAACAAAACGGAACUAUGAAAAUCGUUAUAGUUCUGCUCGUGAGCCUAGUCGUGGUGAGCCAUUGCCACCAGGAAAAAAACGUGAUUGGUCAUGCUUCUUUAGACAUGCCUCUGGAGACAGAAAUUGAUGUUAGCAAUACAACUCAGCAAACGAGUGAAGAAGAGAAAGAAAAUGACCGGAAACUCAUGGAACAAUGGACCAGGAUGUUCUUUAGCAUGGGCAGAAUUCCCCAACAGGGCGAGCAAAUACUUAUCUUCCCAGGGCUAUUUAAUGGAUCAACAACAGUGGAAGUGGCAAGACCGCGAGAAUUACGCAACAUCCAAGUAGUAACGACUACUGAUAACAAUAGCGCAAUACUUCCUGCGUACUUUACGGAUGACCAAAACACAACUGAAAUUCCAACUGCGUCAACGAUAAUCAACUCAACAGUGUCAAGCUUUAUUCAACUAUCAAAUGAUAGCAGGCUGUUUUUCCACGAUGAAGAAUAUCAUUUUGAAGAUGUCGAUUCACUUGACGAGGACCAAAGGCAGCGGCGUCGUUUGCGCUCGGCACGCAACGAAAUGAACCUUUUGAAUGCAGAUGAGGAGCAUAUUACCACCAUGAUUACAACCGUAUUCAGUACAGCGCGCAAUUUUCUCAAUAAUGAGACAAUACGAGCCAACGUCGUGCAGUAUCUCACGCAUAAGAUGCGCUCUUUUGGACUUGUCACAGGCAAUCAAAUAUUCCACCCCAUAGAAUUCGCUGCAUUGUUUCCGGAAGGCAGUGAAGAAGACGUUCCAACUGGGACUAAUGUGAUCGGCAUUUUACCUGGAGAGCUUUGGGGUACUAAAGAAGAUGAAGUGUUGGUGAUUGGAGCACACUGGGAUACGGUACCUUUCUCAGGCGGAAUGGAUGAUAACGGUAGUGGGGUCACUGCUGUCCUGGAGGUUGCAAGAGCCAUGACGGAAGGAGGUUGUCGCCCCAAGCAUAGCAUUAUCUUUGUAGCAUUUGAUUUGGAAGAGGUCGGUUGCUUGGGAAGUAUUUUCUUCGUGCGCGAUUUUCUCAUUCGACAAAUCCUGCAUCCACACGGCGCCAAAUUGAAGGGAGCGUAUGUCCUUGAUACGAUCAUGAAUUAUAACGAAACGCAAUUUUCUCAAACUCUUUCGCCUGAAUGGCAAACGGCCCUACCGUUAUUCUGGGAAGAUAUACAGGCAGAAAACAGUACAGGAGACUUUUUGGCAAUGCUUUAUAGAAAAAAUGUAGAUGCCACACUGGCUGAUACUUUAGCUUAUAACUGGAAAAACGAUGGGAAACCACCAAACAAGAAAAAAUCUCAGAAAGAUAAUACUGUUGACCGAAACCCAAGGACGUUUCGCAUUGACAAUAGAGAAAUAACCAUCAUGAAAACAGCAGAUAAAGCUGUUGAGACGGUGAAAUCAGGUAGUAGCAAGUAUCGGCUGAAGAAAGUGCGUAUGGAUUUGGACGCCGAGGUCGGCGACCAAUUGGAACGUUUGACUGCUUGGAUUGAUCUGUUGCGGAGCGACCAUAGUCGAUUUUGGUACCACAAUAUCGAGGAUUACCCGCAAUCUUUCCCAGCAGUUCUCAUCACAGACACAGCUCCUUACCGUGGGGUUAUGCAAGAAUGCUAUCACCAAGAAUGCGAUUCGUCUUCCGCAAAUGACGAUUCAAAAUUUGCCGAUGUCCGGUUCUUACUGAAGACAUGUCAGGCCCUGAUUGAUAGCAUGGUAAGCCUAAGCGAAUCACAGUGCCUAUUCCAGUCUCAGCCACUAGAGACAAAUAAGCUUCGCCGACGGGCAAAUGCAAAGCAAUCAACUUCUUCUGGGUCUCAUCUCUUCGCAUCAUCUUUGCUUCCAUCUCUUUACGUGAUUACUUUAGCCGUCAUCCGUUUCAUUACUUAUUCAAGUUAGUGGGAAAAGUUCCUUUAUUCGUAAAAUCUCCGCCAGAUCUGCCCGUAAUUUAUUCCGAAACGUUUCGACCAAAAUUAAAUUUUUCGAGACCGCAAACGCCAAAGGGUUUAGUAACAUAAGUUCUUACCCUUGCACUGUACAGAAUUUCGACGAUAAGCGAUUGGUAGAAUCAGACGCGUAUUUUGACUAAUUAACGUGACGUGUGAUUCAAAGACGAAAGAAGUGUGCAUUGUUUAUCCGUGAAUGUACAAAGGAAAAAAGGUUACAAAAGUAAAUAUGGUUCCUAUUAA